CACAGGUCCUGUGGCCUGAGGCCGCCCUGUUGCCCAACAGGCGGCUGGGAGUGGGCCGCACUGCUGUUUAAAGGCUGCCUGGAGCAGCCUGUGUGGAGACAGUGCCAGGAGCCCAGGAAGCCGGCCAGCGACUGCCCAGCUUGAGGCCUUGCCAUCCUCGUGAGAACAUCACCAUGUCUGAGACACCCCGGGCUGAGACCUUUGUUUUCUUGGACCUGGAAGCCACGGGGCUCCCCAGUGUAGAGCCUGAGAUUGCCGAGAUAGCCCUCUUUGCCGUCCACCGCUCUUCCUUAGAGAACCCAGAGCAUGACGAAUCUGGCAUCCCAGUGCUGCCGCGUGUCCUGGACAAGCUCACACUGUGCAUGUGCCCUGAGCGCCCCUUCACCACCAAGGCCAGCGAGAUCACCGGCCUGAGCAGUGAAAACCUGGUGCGUUGUGGGAAAGCCAGCUUUGAUGGCGCUGUGGUGCGGACGCUGCAGGCCUUCCUGAGCCGUCAGGCAGGUCCCAUCUGCCUUGUGGCCCACAAUGGCUUUGAUUAUGACUUCCCACUGCUGUGCACUGAGCUGCAGCGCCUGGGCACCUGCCUUCCUCAGGGCACUGUUUGCCUGGACACACUGCCUGCACUGCGGGGUCUGGACCAUGCCCAUGGACAUGGCACCCGGGCCCAGGGCCGCAAGAGCUACAGUUUAGGCAGCCUCUUCCACCGCUAUUUCCAGGCUGAGCCGAGCGCGGCCCAUUCGGCUGAGGGAGAUGUGCACACGCUGCUCCUUAUCUUCCUGCACCGUGCUGCAGACCUGCUCACCUGGGCGGAUGAGCAGGCCUGCAGCUGGGCCCAGGUCCAGCCCAUGUACCUGCCGCCUGAUGCCCCACACACUGAGGCCUGAGUGUGGGAGCAGCAGACAGCUUAGUUAAACCUUGAGAACAGCCUUGCUGUUCCUCCCCCAGCUCUUCUUGGUGGACAAUGCCAGGUCCCUACACUUGGCCCACCAACCAUGUAGCCCAGCACCUUCCCUGAGUCCGUGCCCCCCCCCCAUAUGGCUGCACCACAGCCUUCACCCUGCUUUUCAAUAAAAGCUGCCAUCUUCUCACA